AUGGAACAUUCUCUUGGAGCUUUAUUAGCUCAGAACAAUGAUGAUGGCCAUGAGCAGGCAAUCUACUACCUCAGUAGAACCAUGAUUGUAGCUGAACACCAGUAUAAUCUGGUGGAAAAAGAAUGCCUUGCCUUGGUUUUUGCCAUUGAAAAAAUGCGGCAUUACUUAGUUGGACAAACUAUUCAUGUUAUCUCCAAAGUGAACCCUUUGAUAGUUCUCAUGGAGAAACCUUCUUUGAUAAAUUGCCACCUUGCAAAAUGGGCAAUACUUCUGUCACACUGUUCAAUGCAGUUCGUGCCUCAGAAGGCUAUUAAAGGCCAAGCCCUGGCAGAUUUCUUAGCUAACCAUCCGGUGCCUGAUUAUUCCAGAUUAUAUGAAGACUUACCAGACGAAGUUGCAGAGCCUUAUGUGAUCCCUAGAGGAUUUUCCUUAAUUGAGCAAUGCACCAACAAUGUAGCGGAGUACAAUGCUUUGCUACUAGGAAUGCAGCUGCCCGAGGAGCUCAACAUCCAAUACCUUAAAGCCUACGAUGAUUCUCAAGUCAUCCUAAAUCAAUUGGCUCAAAAUUUUGAGGGCUUCUUUAUCGGACACGUUCCACGGGCCCAUAAUGCCUAUGCAGAUGCCUUAGCUUUGCUAGCAACUUCACUGGCAUUGCCACCAAAGGUAGAAACAAAGAUACUCGUGGAAGGCCAUGAUUUGUAUCACCCCAGGUUCCCUCUAGGAAAUUGGUCAGAAGAGGCAACAACAGAGAUUGUUUGUGAAGCAUCCAUCUGUCUUGAACAAAGAGAUUGGCGAUUCUCAUUCAUCGAUUAUGUCUUGCAUGACAUACUACUCGAUGAUUCUAAAGAAGCGACCAACCGUCAAACGGAAGGCCCUUCGAUUCUAUUAUGA